CAAAAACAAAACAAAACAAAACAAAAAAUUGGGUUCAGACUUGAGAGAAGAGAGUAAGGAUGAAAGGAGUGAAGUUCAUAGUUUGAAGUGACUGAAUCGAUUGCGGAGAAGAAGAAGAGAAAAUGACUCUGGACGACGAUAGCUCCAUCUAUGUUGGUGGUCUUCCCUACGACGCCUCCGAAGACACCAUUCGCACUGUCUUCAAUUUGUAUGGCGCCAUUCUUGAUGUCAAGAUUAUUAAUGACCAGCGCACUAGGGGAAAAUGCUAUUGUUUUGUUACUUUCACGAAUCCUAGGUCAGCUAUUGAUGCAAUCAACGACAUGAAUGGCAGAACUAUUGGUGGGCGUGUGGUUAAAGUUAAUGGAGUGAAGUCCCGUGGUGGUAGAUCGAAUUUUGGCAGAGAACGUCAGUAUUAUCAUAACGACGAGAGGAAUGGAGACUGGGAUCGGGGCAGGGAACGAGACCGGGAUUACGAUCAUGAUAAUGAUAGGGAUGGAUACAGGAAUCGGAGCAGGGAUAGGUCCCGAGACCGUGAUAGGUCCCGAGACCAUGACAUAGACAGGGACAGGGACAGGGACAGAAGAGUUGAACAUAAGCAUGAUUAUGAUCAAGAUAGAGAACCUAUGUUAGAUGAAGAUUGGAGUCGUGAGGACGAUAGGGCUGAAAUUGAACAAGAAAAUGGAAGGGAACAUGGUGGAGAUGUGGAUAGAGACCACAACUUGGAUGCGGACAGAGAAAGGAAGAUGGAUAGGACCAGUGAUCUUGAUAGAAGUUUUGAUGAGCAUAGAAAAGAACAGAGUUGGCGGAACAUUGAUUUGAAUGUACCGAAUCAACAUAGCAGGGAUCUUUCAUCAGACUCAAAUGAUAAUCACAAUGAUCAGUUAGAAGAUGAGUUAGAGAGGUCAACACAACAGCUUGAUCAACUAAAAGAGGAGGUUUGUCAAUUGAUGGAGGGAUUGGAAGAGAAGAAACAGAAUGUUUCGGAGUUACAGAAGGAAUCUAAGAAACUCGAGGACGCAGUUAUCACUGAGAAGAAACGCACUUCACAUCGUCAGAUGCAGUUGGCCAAGCUGCAUAAAUAUUUUCUGCAAGUGAAAGAUUGCACUGAAAGACUCAAAACCAGUGAAAAAGAACUUCAGGCUCUAAUUGAUACAGUAAUUAUUGAGAGUGAUGGUGAUUGUGUUGGACAACUUACAAAUGGAAGCCUUGAUGGUAGAUAGUUGUUUAUCUUCCGAGGUUCAGAUUUUGUCAAUGAUGCUUAAAAUGGGUUUGGCACAUAACACAUUACCUGAUAUGGAGAGAAAAAAAAAAAGUGCGGAUAUAUUAACAUAUCUUGUAUUGUUUCCUUUUCAAUUCCGCUCUCGUCUCAAGUCUCAACCAAAUAGCACUAGUAAGACUCUUGUGCAUAUCGUUUGUCACUUUGAUUGGAAAAUUGUUAUUGGCAACUUGUUCUUGUAAUAUUGUCAAUAUUUAGGACCUAGUCUUAAUUGUUCUCAGAAAAACCCUAAUUGGCUUUCUUGCUUC